CGAUGUUUUGGUCACAGGUCCGUGCUCUCCUCUCCGUCAGCCUCCAAGAUAGAUUCUCUCAGGAGUAAGGUGAAACUGCUGAAGCUGCCGCUGACCCUGUCGUCCAAAUCCAUCUCGGAGCGCAAGACUCGGCUGGGCGGAGCCACAGAGCGCUCCAGGGGCGGAGCUGGGGCCCACAAACCCCGCCCACCGGCCCCAGACAUGGACAACGAGUCGCAGUACUCGGGCUACUCCUACAAGUCUUCACAUUCACGCAGCUCUCGCAAACACAGGGACAGGAGAGACCGGCAUCGCUCGAAGAGCAGAGACAGCAGCAGCAGAGGAGACAAGUCUGUGACCAUCCAGGCCCCCGGAGAGCCGCUGCUGGACGCCGAGAGCACGCGCGGAGAUGACCGGGUCAGCACACACAGCACAGGCUUACCAGAACAACAGGGAGAAGAUUGUGUGUUUAGAAAUAAUGGAUUAGUUACUCUAUUAGAAGGUGUGUGUUAUCUCAGCAUCCAGCGAGCAGCAGUGUGGGUUCUGGACCACUACUACACUGAUGUCCCAGUCUACAACCCUGCUUUACUCAACCUGCCCAAGUCCAUCCUGUCGAAGAAGAUGUCUGGAUUCAAGGUGUACUCCCUGGGAGAAGAGAACAGCACCAAUAACUCGACGGGUCAGUCUCGGGCGAUGAUCGCCGCCGCCGCCCGCAGACGAGACAACUCUCAUAACGAAUACUACUACGAGGAGGCCGAGAUGGACCGCAGGCUCAGAAAACGCAAGGCCAGACUGGUGGUGGCGGUAGAGGAGGCGUUCACUCACAUCAAGAGGCUCCAGGACGACGAGGCGGCGACGUCGCCCAAGCACCCGCGUGAGGUGAUGGACCCUCGAGAGGCGGCCCAGGCCAUCUUCGCCCCCAUGGCACGAGCCAUGCAGAAAUACCUGCGCACGACGCGCCAGCAGCCCUACCACAGCAUGGAGAGCAUCAUCGCUCACCUGCAGUUCUGCAUCACUCACAACAUGACGCCCAAGGUCCGCAAACUCACCCUCUUCUGCAUGAUUCAGACAACCUAUUACAUGCGCACUGUAUAAGCAGACUUCACUGUGCGCUAUA